AGAUCAUGCCCUAAUAAAGUAUCGUAUCCAUAUCCAAAGUAUUUAGGGGGAUUUUCAUUUUUUCAGAGUAAUUUAGACGUUUGGUUCAAAUAAAAUGGAGAAUUUUUCAACGUUUUGAUUGCAAAUUUUGACAAAACUGUGCCCAGUUGUCCUUGUUCUGCUUUGUUAUUGUAACUCUCUUUACAUUACGGCUUAAAAUUUCAAAAUCAAUAAAUUUCAUGCACAUGAAGCUUUGGGGCAUUGAAAUUUAAGCCAGCCCUGACAGUGUCGUGAACUUGACAAAAUCUUCUAGCCAAUUUAGCUGUGUUUUUGGUAGUGAAAUCUCAAGGAUUUGCAGCAUAAUUUUUAACUCGGUGAUAUUGAAGUGGAUAAGGAUGUGAGCUCUCGAGUUGGAAUUAUCUAAUGUCCAACUCAAUAACUUUUGAUAGCUAUGUGUUUGACAAAUUGUCCGUUUUAGUUACAGCCAGUAAUCCCCAAAAUAACAUCAUUGGCUAUAUGAGUCUCAUAAACAAGAGAAAAUUAAUUGCAUUGUAGUAGCUGAAGCAAAAAUAAUAUAUACAUGGAGCAGGGGAAUGCGUCCCUUGAGCAUACUCCAACAUGGGCUAUUUCAAUUGUUUGUUUGUGCUUUAUUCUCAUUUCUUUUUUCCUUGAAGUUGCUCUUCACUGCCUCGCAGAAUUUCUCAGGAAAAGGAGAAGAAAAUCCCUUGUUAGCGCCCUCGAGAAGACUGAAACAGAGAUGAUGACAAUGGGUUUCAUAUCAUUACUUCUCACAAUAUCUGAAGUACCCAUAUCAAAAAUCUGUGUAAGAGAAUCAGUGGCAAACUCUUUUCUUCCAUGCAAAGAUCCAGGACCUGCUGCUUUAUCUGUAACACAAAUUGCAAACAUUUCCGGCGACACCUCAGGUGAAUCCUUUUGUCAGGCAAAGGGAAUGGUGUCGCUGAUAUCAAGGGAAGGAGUGUUGCAGCUAAAGGUGUUCAUUUCUGUGUUAGCUGUGUUUCAUGUUAUCUACUGCAUAUUAACUAUGUUUCUUGGGAUGGCAAAGAUGAGAAGAUGGAAAGCAUGGGAGGAAGAGACUCAAUCCUUUGAGUAUCAGAUUGCUAAUGAUCCAAGAAGGUUCAGGCUCACCCACCAAACAUCUUUUGGGAGAAGACAUUUAAAAAUAUGGAGUGAUAAUCCUCUAUUGUUUUGGCCAGCAUGUUUCAUUCGUCAAUUUAGUGGCUCAGCCUCCAAAGCUGAUUACUUCACACUUCGCAAUGGCUUCAUCCUGGCCAAUGUUGCUGAAGGCACAUUCAACUUCCAGAAAUUCCUUGUCAGAGCUUUUGAUGAUGAUUUUCAGCAGAUAGUUGGAAUCAGGCUAUGGAUCUGGAUUUUGUCCCUGUUUUUCAUUGUUUUCUGUGCAAAAGAGUUUUACAACUACUACUGGCUGCCAUUUAUUCCUCUUCUGCUUGUUCUAGCAGUGGGGACAAAGAUGGAAGCUAUAAUAACUCAAAUGUGCGUGGAGAGUUGCAAGAAUAUGUCAGUGAUUCGAGGAACUUUUCUGGUGAAGCCCAGCAAUGAAUAUUUCUGGUUUAAUAGACCCAAAUUGCUGCUCUAUCUGCUGCAAUUUAUCCUAAUCCAGAAUUCCUUUCAGCUUGCAUUUUUCACCUGGGCAUGGUAUGAGUACGGCCUUAGAUCUUGUUUCAAUAAAGAAACAGAAGAUAUAGCUAUUAGGAUCACAACAGGCAUGGGCGUGCAGUUCCUCUGCGGCUAUGUGACUCUACCAAUCUACGCACUCGUCACUCAGAUGGGUUCUGGGAUGAACAGAGCUGUAUUCACUGAACGUGUAACUAAAGGGCUCAAGAAUUGGCUCUGGAAAGCAAGGCACCCACUUCCCAAUAAAAUAUCCACUACGACCACAAGGCAGCCAUUAAAAUUACAGUGUUCUUAUGGCACUAGCACUUCAAAUUCUCAUCAAUUAGCACUCAUGAGCCCUAAUCAUACUGAGACAAGAGAAGAUGAUAACCAUACUCAUAAAACUGCCAUUGAAGCUACCUCUCCAAGCACUUCUUCCACAAGAGAAAUCACUGCAGAGGAAGCUGGUACCUCCAGCGACGGUGAGAUUUCCUUUGCAAGCAGUUGGAAGAAAAGGGUUAGUGGAAAAAAUAGUUCAAAAAUGGAAGAACAAAAUGAUGAAGAUGACUCCAAAGCUUUAGAUGGAGAUCUUCAACUUUCAGAUUGGUCUGUUAUGAGUAAAUAUUCCAACCCAGAUGAACGAAAAAUUAUUCCAUACAAUCGAUGUGUCUAUAAUAGUUAAAUGUUGAAUAUUGAUCACGAUGAGAUAUAGAUUGGGACUAUCAUGGUUUUACAAUUUUAAUGUAUAUCCAUAAAUAAAAUUAUUAUUUUGGUCUAAAA